AUGGCCGCCCACAUCACCACCGCUGGCCACCAGAAUGCCCUGUACGACUCGACCAAGACCAACGAGAAGACACACUCGAUCAAGGACCUACCAAAGUCCAACAACUUCACCACCAACCUGCCACCCGACCAGAACUUCCCCACUCCCUCCAGUUCGCAUGCCUCCGAGCGAAAACAUCUCGGCCCUCGCUUGGUCAAGGGCGCUCUUUACACAUACGUUCGCCCCGAUCCGCCUACCAAGUACGAGGUCCUCGCCGUAUCUCCCGCAGCACUCCAAACACUCGCCAUCGACCCAUCCUCGACAGACUCACAGGACUUCAAAGACACGGUAUCCGGCACAAAGAUCCUAACAUGGGAUGAGGCCAAGGCUUCAGAAUCAAACAUGCUGCCGGAAGAGCAACAACGACGAGAACAAAUCUACCCAUGGGCACAAUGUUACGGCGGCUACCAGUUCGGCCAGUGGGCAGGCCAGCUAGGUGACGGCCGUGCUAUCUCCUUGUUCGAGGCCACAAACCCCAACUCGAAUGUACGCUACGAGGUUCAACUCAAAGGCGCAGGCAAAACACCAUACAGUCGAUUUGCAGACGGCAAGGCUGUUCUUCGAAGCAGUAUCAGAGAGUUUGUGGUUAGCGAGAACUUGCAUGCUCUUGGUAUCCCUUCUACCCGCGCGCUAGCAUUGACCUUCACUCCCGAGGACAAGGCUCUGAGAGAACGUAUCGAGCCUGGCGCCAUCGUCACUCGUUUCGCUCAAAGUUGGCUGCGCUUUGGAACUUUCGAUCUUGCACGCUCUCGUGGCGACCGGGGCCUUAUACGGAAGUUGGCAACCUAUGUUGCCGAAGAUGUCUUUGGUGGUUGGGAGAAUCUCCCAGGUGCUUUGAACUCCACUGACAAAGCUGAGUCGGUCGUUGACCCCGAGCGAGGUGUCGCAGCCUCUGUCGUACAGGGCGAGAACGAACUCGAAGAGAACCGCUUCACACGUCUCUACCGCGAGAUUGCUCGCCGAAACGCAAAGACGGUCGCACAUUGGCAGGCAUACGCUUUCACGAACGGCGUGCUGAAUACCGACAACACAUCAAUCUUUGGUUUGUCUAUUGACUUUGGCCCAUUCGCCUUUCUCGACAACUUCGAUCCUAGCUACACACCCAACCACGAUGACCACAUGUUACGUUACAGCUACCGCAACCAGCCGAGCAUCAUCUGGUGGAACCUUGUGCGUCUAGGUGAGGCCUUUGGCGAACUGAUCGGCGCCGGAGCCCGCUGCGACGACAAUGAGUUCGUCACAGAAGGCGUCAGCAAGACCUGGGCCGACGAGCUAAUCAAGCGCGCCGAGGCUUUGAUCGAGAAGACAGGCGAAGAGUUCCGCGCAGUUUUCAUGGCAGAAUACAAGCGUCUCAUGUCUGCACGUCUCGGUCUCAAGCAGUGCAAAGAUUCAGACUUUGACGUCCUCUUCUCCGAGUUGCUGGAUACACUCGAAGCAUUGGAGUUGGACUUCAACCACACUUUCCGUAAACUCAGCAACGUCAACUUAUCGGAGAUUGAGUCUGAGGAACAAAGGAAGUAUGUCGCUGGUCGCUUCUUCCACGGCGAAGGCCUCGGCGGCACUGUAGGUACCAGCGAGGAUGAUGCCAGAACUAGAAUCGGAAAGUGGCUCGAGCAAUGGCGCAAUCGUGUCAUCGAGGACUGGAGUGAAGGCAAGGAUGCCGAACGCCAGGAAGCCAUGAAGAAGGUCAACCCCAAGUUCAUCCCCAGAUCAUGGAUCCUCGACGAACUGAUCGACAGAGUGGAAAAGAAGGGCGAGCGUGACAUUCUUCAAGGUGUCAUGAAGAUGUCGCUCAACCCCUUCGAGGAGUCUUGGGGCUGGAACAAGGAAGAGGAAGACAGAUUCUGCGGUGAUGUGCCUCAUGUCAAGCGUGCGAUGCAGUGCAGUUGCAGCUCUUGA